CGUGUGAGGUGGCACAUUGCUUGCAGUGUUUUGACUCUGGUUAGGACAUGUAGCUCAUAGGAAUCACAGUAAUUCUUUUUGGAAUUGUAUUUAUUUAUUUAGUCAAAAUCUUUGGUUUGGGUUCCUUUUAUAUUUUACUAGAUCCAUUUUCUGCAGCCUAUUAAACCAGUGGCUUUAUAUUUGUUUGCUUUAUUUUCAAAGAUGUGAUGCUUUUAGGUUUUGAAUAAUGAUGGGUAUGACGUAUUUGCGGUCUCUGGUCAGUCUGCUUUCAUCACCCUGCAGGAAUAAACCAGACCGAGUGAGAUUUGAAGCCGCUUCGUGUCCCGCCUGCGUGUCCACCUGAACACCACGCAGGGAAGUUGUGCAACACUGUUCCUGUACAUCAUCUCCGAACUUUGACCUGGGUACUUGGGAGAUAAAACUUGCACUUGCACUUAAGAGUCAGCAGACAAGUGAGAAGAGGAGCCUUUGAUCCAGUUAAGAGGAAAGAAGUACGUGACCAUGACCAUGUUGCGCACGUUGGGAUCCCUUCUGUUAAUUCUACAUGCUGUGUGUGGUCAGAGGAGCAUCAGGUGGUGCACCAUCUCGGACGCCGAGCAGAACAAAUGUCAGGCCAUGUCCCUGGCUUUUUCCCAAGUCUCCAUCCGGCCAUUGCUCAGCUGCGUGCAUGGAACCACAGUGGAGAACUGCGUGCAGAAGCUCCAGAGAAAUGAGGUUGAUGCUUUGUCCAUGUUUGCCCCUGACAUCUACAACCUGAGGACGAGUGCCCCCUUCAAGAUAGCUGCCACUGAAUCAAAGGCUGAUCGUACCGGGGCCUCUUACUUUGCAGUCGCUGUUGUGAAAAAGGCCAAGUCUAGCAUCAACAUCAAUAACUUGGCAGGGAAAAGGAGCUGCCACACUGGGAAAGGCCGAACGGCCGGCUGGAAUAUGCCCAUUGGACACUUCAUCGACCAGGGCUACAUGUCAGUCAUGGGCUGUAACAUCUUAGAGGGUGUUGCGCGGUUUUUUCAUGCCAGUUGUGUUCCGGGAGCAAAUGCGGUCGGCGAUCCUCCGUCUCUGUGCCAGCUGUGUAUUGGUGAUGGAAGCGGACAACACAAAUGUGAAGCGAGCAACAAUGAGCGAUAUUACAGCUAUGAAGGCGCUUUCAGGUGCCUGGCUGAAGAUGCAGGAGAUGUGGCCUUUAUCAAACACACAACAGUUGAAGACAACACAGACGGUCACGGCCCCGAGUGGGCAGUAAAGUUGAAGUCAGCAGACUAUGAGCUGUUGUGUCGUGAUGGCAGACGACUUCCUGUCAGCGAGUGGAGGACAUGCAACCUGGUCCGUGUCCCAUUUCGAGGCAUUGUGGUUGGCAAUCAUGUCACUCCAUCCGUGGUGUUUAACAUGCUGGUCGAGGGACUGGAGAAGUCUGGAUUCAACAUGUUUUCCUCCAAGCCUUAUGGAGCAGGAACAUUGCUCUUCUCUGAGUCCUCCGUCAUGUUUCAGAGCGCAGAGUAUGACGACCCUCAGAAGUGGAUGGGUCAGCUCUAUCAUAACGCCAUGAGUGCCAUGGAUUGUAAACUUCCAGAAAACACUUUACGGUGGUGUGUGCUGUCCGUGGGCGAGCAGCAGAAAUGCGCUGCGAUGGGUAGUGCCUUUCAAGGUAGAGGCCUUACUCCAAGUGUCAAUUGUAUCCAUGGGGACUCUGUGACCGACUGCAUGGAGAAAAUAAAGAACAAGGCGGCCGAUGCCAUCACUCUGGACGGAGGCUAUAUCUAUACAGCUGGCAAAGACUAUGGCUUGGUACCCGCUGCUGGAGAGAGCUAUACAGGGGAUCGGGAUGGCUCCAGUUAUUACGCAGUUGCGGUGGUGAGAAAGAGUAGCUACGAGAUCAGAAGUCUUGAUGACCUGAAAGGCCUUCGCUCCUGUCACACGGGAUAUGGUCGCACGGCUGGUUGGAAUGUUCCUGUAUCAACCCUGAUGGAGAAAGGCCUGAUAAGCACUCAGCGCUGUCAGAUAGCACAAGCGAUGGGCGGGUUCUUCAAGGAGAGUUGUGUUCCAGGUGCAAACCAGCCUGGUUUCCCUAGCAACCUCUGUGGCUUGUGUGUGGGAGAUGACUCAGGGAAGAACAAAUGUGAAAAGGGAAAGGACCUGUACGAUGGAUACGACGGUGCCUUCAGGUGUCUGGCAACUGGAGAUGGAGAUGUGGCUUUCAUCAAGCAUUCGACUGUCUUCAAAAAUACUGAUGGGAACUCGUCUGAAAUUUGGGCAACAGAUCUCCUAUCCAAAGACUUCCAGCUGCUCUGUCUCCAGGGUACCAAAGCCGAGGUCACGCAGUAUAGAUACUGUCAUCUGGCUCGCGUCCCCUCCCAUGCUGUAAUGGUGCGGCCUGACACCAACAUCCACGCAAUCUAUGGACUCCUGGACCGGGCACAGACAUAUUUUGGCAGCGACACAGGUUCAGAGUUCCGGAUGUUCGACUCGCAGGCGUACAAGGGCACAGAUCUUGUCUUCAAAGACUCCACCGUGCGCCUUGUGGGUGUAGCUGACAGGAAGACCUACAAGGACUGGCUGGGCCAGAAAUACUUGGAUUCGCUGAUCAACAUGGAGUGCAGUGCAUCGUGUGCAGUGAUUUCCUCGCUGUGGUUGGUCGCUGUAGCGCUGCUCUGCUCCAUGCUGAUGACCAUCUGAAUGACAACUUCUGCUUACUUCCCUCCCUGUUCUCUUUUCCUAAUCCCUCCAUCACAUUGCACUGGUUAAAUACAGAUACCAUUGACACUUAGGUGCAUAAUGCCCAUGGAAAUUCCAGCUAAACAGAAAUGGCUUACCACAUUGAAAGACCCUUUGCAGAUUUUCUCUGUUUUGUGAAUCUGUCAAUCUACAAUGAAAGACCCUUUGCAGCUUUUGUUUUGUGACUCUGUCAAUCUAUACCUCUUAUUAUUUUUUUCAGUUUGAAAUAUCAAUUUGAUGUAUAUUUUCUUAUAUCCAGAGAUAUAUGAUAUAUUUAUAUAUGAUGAUGUUCAGAUGCCAUAUCAGUGUAUAUGUACUGACUCAUACUGCCGGAAAUUAGUACAUUCUUUUCUCUGAACAGAGAUUUUAUUUCAGUGUGAAAUGAUACAAAUGUAACUAAUAUUUAGUUGCCAGGCCAGUGAGUCUGCACGGGUAUUAAAGCUAUUGUAUUCAGCUGUUUUGUUUCUUGUUAAAAUAAAUUCUGA